AUGGCUUCUUCUAACCCUAACGACAAAAACAACAUCUCAGCAUAUGGGUCAUCAUCAUCAGUGGCGGUAGGGUACGACUCGAGCACAACACCCAACACCACCUUUGUCCAAGCGGACCCAUCAACCUUCCGAGCUGUAGUCCAGAGACUCACUGGUGUAACCCAAGACCCGUCAACCCAAAAGCUUCCAGUCACCGUUCCGGCACGCCAAUCCGGAAAACCCAACACCGGCGAGAUGGGUCCUAGGAGACCAGCCUUUAAGCUUCAUGAACGCAGGCAGAGUGCAAGCAAGCUCGAGAUCAAGCUCAACAAUGGUGGUGGUGUUUCAGUUGGGUCUGGUGGGUCAACCCCAAGUUCAGCUAGGCAAAGGAGCUUUGUAGGGUUUGGUGGAGAGAUGGUUAUGGUUUCACCUGUGUCACCUUUUGAUCUGUUGGCACGUGGGAGUCCAAGAACGCCAAGGUCACCUAUGGAGGAAGAAGAAAGAGCCAUUGCAGAGAAAGGUUUUUACUUGCACCCGAGUCCGCUCAGUACACCCAGAGGGUCUGACCCACCAGAGCUCUUACCCUUGUUUCCUCUUCACUCACCCAGAGACGGUUCAUCUUCAUCUUCUUAG